AUGAAAUAUUUUUUAUACAGGACAAGGAAAAGUGAACGUGCCCAAAUCAAAGGCCAGAAAAAUGUGUCUAGUGCAGUUAAAGAGGCAGAGUUGUAUAUAAGACAGGGUAUUGACAAGGAUGGUUUUAUUGUCAAAGAUAUUAACCCUGAAAUAGGAAAAGGGGUCUUUACAACAAGAGCUUUUAUGAAGGGAGAAUUUCUACUUGAGUAUGAAGGCAAGUUGAUGUCCAGUGAAAAAGGAGACAGGAGACUUGACAGCCAUGUCAGAAAAGGCCAUGGAUGUUAUGUUUUCUUUUUUAGAGAUAAUGAGGAUCAGAAGCUGAGCAUUGAUGCUACAAAUUCAAAAUUAAUGGGCAGGUAUGUCAAUGAUGGCGUUGGCAGAGAAAAAAAUUCUAUUAUGAGGCGUAUUCAUGUGGAUGGUAAUCCCCAUUUGGCAUUAUUUGCCCUCAAAGAAAUAGUCAGGGGAGAGGAGUUACGCUACGAUUAUGGGGAUCAAUCUAAAAACCUGCCAUGGAGAAAAAAGUCCAAAACAACAAAUUCUGACAAGAAUAGCUUGAAGACAGUUAAAGCUUCACAUGAUAAAGGUGAACCAAGAACUCCAAACAUGUUGGAAGACUCUUUGUGUACUGUCCAUGAGCAAUCUUCGAAACUUCAAAUGACAAAGAAGUGUUAUGUCAGUUUGAAAAAGUUUUCAAUAUCAGAACUGAAAAGAGGAAGAUUUGUAGUAGGACUGCCAAAUCAAAAGGGUAAGACCCUGUGA